CAAUUCAGGCGGCUUCUGGACUGGGUAUUGCCCGAUGGUCGUUGCUCGUCGUCUUGCUGUAAAGAGGAGAGACGGCCAUGCCGUCGCCGCGUGGAAGCGGGAAGAGUCGCCGUGCAGAGGCCUAGAGGCGGCGCUACGCCUCCCUGAGCGAGGCCGCGAGGACGGGCAGGCUGCAACAGAUGCGAGAGGCACGACGCCGUCGAGUUGUCGAAGAAACGUUUGAGCAACGCGAGGUUCGACUACAGCGAAGGCGACAAGGUCGCCGCCGACGAGUCGCCGAGGAAAAACCUGAACAACGAGAGGCUCGGCUGCAGCAUAGGCGAGUGGCUCGUCGUGUGAAAGCCGCGCAAAGGUCGGCUCGGCAGAGGGACACCAUGCUGCAGCAAAGGCGGGGACAGCAACCACAACAGCAGCAGCAACUGUUUUUCGCCGGUGCUGAGAAGUGCUUUCGCAAGCGCCUCAUCGAAGACGACUUUGGAGCGUCGUGCAGUGUGUCUGUAAAUGCGCCAGAAAAGCAGCCCGUGGAACCCGCAUCACAACGGCUGUUGAGGAGGACGCGGAAACGCCGCCGACGCAAGCUCAAGUUCCAGUCCAUUUCAUCGGGGGAGAACUGGGGCGGCCACUUGGAAAAGCAAGUAAUCGCCGAUACCGACGCGUCCGGGUCCCACUGGACUGAGGAGGAACCCGCAGUUACUGGCAGCCAGCACGGACUCAUUGCCGAACGUGUCUGUGGCCCGAAAAAAGCGCAAGGUGGGGAAACUGCAACAUCCGAUGCUGAUGGGCCUACUAGAUUAGCCAAAGAGAGCCUGCCAAAGCCGGGCUCCAGAGUAGACUGUGCCAUGCCAGACAACUAUACCGAUGCUGCCAUCACUCGAACACAGGGCAACCGGUGCCAACCACAUGUGAAACCAGAUUCGCGGACAGUGGCACCGGUGACAAAAAUUGGGGCCAGCUUUGGUGAGCUGCGGAACUACAAGAUACCCAAGAUAAAGCAACAGCAGCCGUCAGUGGAGGAACGUGGCAGUCGCAUUUCCAGAGUUUCACCUGCUUCACAGAGGAGUAAGAAACGAUGCGAAGAAGAAGAGCAUAAAAAGGGGCUCUCUAGGCCUCAGAGCAGGAGCCCUCUCAGUGGUAGGUCGUCAAUCAGGGGUGUGGUGGAUAGAAUAAUUGAAGAUAUGAACAAGGCCUACCCAAGGGUCCCCAGCGGCUACGUUUCGUGCGGUGAUGGCUGCCCUCUCCAAAAAGAAGCAGGCAGUGAGUUUCCAAGGAGUCCCAUGAAGUGCCCUCCGGAAGACGACUGGGAAAUUAGCGGGAAAGAAGCGAAGUCGGCCAUACUCAAUCGUAUGCCAUUCAGUAGCCAUGUCAGGCAAAAGCAACAGACUAAGAAGAUUUGCGUUAUGUGUAAACGCAGAGACAUUUCUGACUCGGGGGGUCAGGACACCUGCAUCAGGUGCUCCCUUUGCAAGGCGAUCACCAAAGAACAGGCUGCAGUAAAGGAGCAGGUGGGCAAGGAAAGGCAGGCUGCUCCUGAACCGGACGCACCAACUAAGUUGUUCAAGCGGCGCGCCUCGUCGGAUGUCGAGAACAGGGAGCGGGACAUCAGAAAACCUGCCUGCCCACUUUCAUCCAUGUCGGACGACAGAGUUAAGGUGGACACUGCGUCAUUCCAAGGGAACAACCACAGGAUUGUUGCAAAAAAGCGAGCACGCAAGGUCUACCUCACUAAGCCAAUCAUCUCCUCUAGCGACGAAUCCUGCAGCAGUGAAGAUGGUGGUUCUGCUGCUACGGCUACUGCUGUUUCUGUGUCUCAACAAGUUAAGGCAGCUGCAUCGCCGUCUGUGGAACCCCGGCAAGAACACGAAAAGACCUCGAGCGAAAGUAGGCGAAAUGUUGAAAAAAACCUGCCUCCGAAGGAUGACGGUCAGAAUUCCGAGAAGCGGUUUAAAGCAAGUAGCAAAGGUUCGAAAGUUAGCAGAGCCAAACCUGCGUUACAGAAAAAGAAAAUUAGCUGCAUUAACAAGGAGAAGCUGAGACGGAAAGUGAUGAAACAAGCAUGGAAAAAUGCAAAGGACACAGAUGACUAUUUGAGAGCGCUGAAUGAAAUGCCGAAGGGUAGAGAGCCAAUGAAAACUGUCACCAAGAACACCGGGAGUGAGGAGUGUGAAAAUUGUGAAAGCGUAAAAGAUGAUAACGCAGAUACAAAAUCUGCAUCCUUGGAGCAAAAUAAUGUUUCCAGUGACAUUGGUGGAUUUACCUCAGACUCGUUAAUCUCACCAGGUAACCCACCAUUAGUUGUUACAUCAUGCUGUAGUCUCAGCCUGACCGACUGGGAGGAUCUAAAGAACGAAUCGAUCGACGAUGCUAAGUCCGAGAUAGCCGGUGGCAUAACUGAAAACAUUGCACCUACACGUGCCUCGGCGUCAAGUGACAGUGGUCCACCUGGAGGUAAAAAUAGCAAUUUGACAACAGGCCCUGAAAAAUGUGCUGCAGAGGCAGGUUCGUCUCCUAUCGUGAUUUCUGAUUUUUCAGGUGACGAAUUAACCGAGAAGGGUUGCAAUGCAGCUAAGAAGUCCCUUAUGGGGCUACCAUACUUGGUGCGUUUCGAGGAUGAUGGUGCCAUGUCUGUCAUGAUUCAAGAUGGAGCAAGUGGUGUUGGUCAAGAAGAACUUUGCCCUGCAAAGGAUUUGGGUGUGCUGGCACAGCAGUCGCAGGAAGUGUCUUUCGAUUCUUCGGGCACAGAUCACAUGGCUUCUUUGGCGGUGUGUUUACAGAAGAUCGGUACCCCUGCUAUACCAGAAGGUGGUGCCGAGAAAGCUGCUUUAUCUAAGCACGGGGAACCAAAGGGGAGCAGCGGGCCAUGUUCAGAGGACCCGGCUUUGCCCACAGACGAGUUAAACCUUUCCGCGGUUGCUUAUGCGCAGUCUUGUGACACGGAUGCUACUGGGAAUGACUUUCUGCCAUGCUCCAUGGGCCAUGAUUUGCCGACAGGAGAGUCGAUGUCAGCCAUCUCAACUAACACGAAAGCAGCUUCCUUGCAGAGUUCUUACACAGCCGAAGGCACUGUUCGGAAAACCUCUUUGCCAAAUGUUGGAGCCUUGGUUUCAGACACUGAUCAGUCACUCCUGCCUGCUACAGAGAACAUGGAGACGUCCUGCACGAACGAAACUUCCACAGCCAAGGACAGUGCUGUGAGCAGCUAUCUGCAGUGUGCUCAGCAGUCUGCUUCAAGCAUGGAUCAAUCGCAGUUGUCCAUCACACAUUCGUCUUGUACGCAGCUCUUUCGUACAAACAGGCACAUUGACAGAAAUGCCUCACUGCAGAGUUAUGAGGACCAUUAUACACAUGCGCAUAAGCUGGCGUUACUCCCUGCCGAAAAUUCGGACAUGACAGAUUUUCCCAUCUUUUCUGAUACCAUCUCUCUUGUCGACAAUGUCUUCGGAAUAUCGAGGGCAGCUACUAGCACCUUUGACAAAAAUUCAGCUGACCACCACGGCAUGCUGCACGGGCUACUGGAAGAAUAUGUCCAAAAGAUAGAGAAUUUCCUUGCGGCCCUCAAUGAAUGCACAUCAGACUAUCGUGAGAAAUUGGUCGGUACACUAUUGCCAGACUGCUUUGUCAAACUGAAGAGAAUGGUGCAGCUGGUGUGGAGAAUGGAGGCUAAAUUGGGACGCCUAGGCACAGGCAGAGUGUUGGAUCUAGACAAAGGCAUCUUCUCUCUGCAGAUUGAAUAUGCAGGGAAGCUCACAGGGACGUCGUCAGUGGAGUCGGACCUUCCGCCCUUUAUGUCAUUUGAAGUGCGCAGUGUACCUCAUCUGCUCACUGAUACCAAUCCACCAUGCCAGGAAGUAGUGGAAGGCGGGGAGGCAGCUAACAGCAGUGGCAUGUUGCCGCCAUCCGGUGCCAUCACCGAGCAAGGCCAGGUGGCUGGCCAGUUAAAGCCACUGCAAGCCUCUGCGGUUGCUUUGACAGCUGAAAGUACAGUUCGUCAAACAGCCACUGGUGAUACCUCCCUUCUUGGGCAGGAACGGCCCAGCACAGGAAUUUCUGGCCCACCACAUUCUACUCCAAGAGCUGUUGCAGAUGGUCUUCUUCUUUUGAUGUUUGUGAAACCAAAGAACUCGGAAGCUCCGUCUAGUGGUGGACUGUCUGAGAGCGUCAGCAGGAAAGACUGCACCAGUGUGCGUGUAGAGCCAGUUGUUGCAGACACUGCAGUAUCCGGGAGCUCUACUAGGCACAGGCCAGGGAAGCUAAGCUUGGAAGCUGCUCCUAGUGGUCGGCUGUCUGAGAGCGCCAAGAAGAAAGACGGCACCAGUGUGCGUGCAGAGACGGUUGCUGCAGAGAAUGCAGCAUUCAGGAGCUCUAAUAGGCACAGGGAACUGUCCAGGGAAACGGCUGCCCAACCUCAACAGCAACUGUUGGCUCCGGAAAGAACCAUGCUGCCCAGUGCAUAUAAGAAUUCAUUACUUGGAUCUAGAAUGGAAGUGGACCCUAAUGGAGCCAAGAAACAGCUGCCUGGUCAUGGAAAUAGGCUUGGAAGCUUUUCCACAAGUUCGCAGGGGCAAAAUGUUCUUGACACUCUCAGUGUAGUGCAGCAGAACUCUCAGACUCCAAAGGAGAAACUCCCUCAAGCAUGUAGCCAGAAUGACAUUCCACGGGACAUUCCUCCACAUGAAAGCUGUAGGCCAGGAGCACAGAGUUAUUCAGCUCCCAACAGACCUAGCCAGACACGCCAAGUGCGUUUUGAGCUAAGGGACCCUCCACCACUCGUAUAUGUAGGACCACGUGAACACACUAUGCCCAAUGAAGAGGCACACACACAACCAAGCAAGAUGACUUCAAAACAACGGGAGGAGCUUGGAAGGCAGAUCACUGCUUACUCUCAACACAUUGCUUGGCUAAAUGCCUAUGGCCUUCCAGAGAACUCGCAAGGCUAUGCAGGGUUUCCCUAUAGCUGUGCCAGCCUGUCACUGUUGCCUCCAGACAAUGUGCCACCAAAGGGGCACAUACUGUCUCCUACUUCAGAACCUGUUCCACAAUUGUACAAUGCACCCCAACCACAUCCAGUACCAGGGACAAGUGACGCACAAGGGCAGUUACAAAAGCGUCAGCGAUGUUUGCCAGAGGAGCAGCAAGGGCAACAGACAGGUAAAACUACUCGCCCAGUGAAUUCCCUGCUUGCACUGUCGGCAAGAACAUCGACGAUGGAAGCAGAGCAAAGUUAUGGGUCCCAAAUCUCUCCCCUGGUGCUGCCAUCUGAUAGACCGCAGAACAUGAACCAAGCCAAGGAUGCUGAAUUGAUUCAAGCAGAGAAAGAUGUAGAGCUUCAGCUGAAGAAGCGUCAACGUCUCCAGCUGCUUAUGCACCAUCUCAAUGCCGGACAAAUUGCUGCUGGCCAGCAAACAGGACAUUCUGGAGCUUCUGAACCAAGGCAGCUGUCAGAAAGAGAACGGUACCUACAGGAGCAGAUCCGACUUGCUUUGAGGAUGUUAUCCUCAAGAAGUGCUGCCCAGAGUAGCCAGCAGCACCAUCCAGGCAAUGUAUCCUUCCAGAAGUUGCAGCAGUAUCUCUGUGCAAAGCAGUCAUGCGAAUCUUCGGCACAGCCAAGGACGUCCAUGAGCAACAGCACUGCGAGAAUUUCUGAACAAAGCACUUCAUCAGAAUCUUCCACGAGAUUUGUGCGCCCAUGGACUUGCAAUUCGCAAUGGCCCUACCCUUACAAUGCUUGUCAAGAAGCGGUGCAGAGGUGGCAAAGACAGCAGGAGAAGGUGAUUGAGCCGACGACCAGUGUGCUGCCACAAGGUGCUGCAGCACAAGCUGCAGAUGAGCACAGGGAACUUACGUUUGUCGAACCUCAGCAUACAGUGAUGGCACCUCACCAGGCAGCAGGGCAGCAAGUUCCAGUGGAAGAACGAAAUCAGAACAUGGUUGCACGGCCUGAUGUCUCUGGUUGGAGAAACAGAGUGGGAAUCUUGUUGAAGUGUAGUGCACCUCCUGCUUGCCAAUCUCUUCCAGAUUCUGAAGCCUCCAAUGACUAUCUUGCAGAGAAGCAGCACACAAGCUGCAUUGGACUGCCAAGCCAGCAGUUGUUGAGGGAACCCUUUGUGAAGCAGCUCUUGCCGGGGCAACCUCCAAGUUAGAGCAAGGCUUGUGGCCACAGGGACCGCCGCCUCCAAGACAGUAGAGCUGCCAUAUAUGUAGCCUUCUAUAGUGCAUUGAGUGCACUAUGGAGUGUAGACAGAAUACAACAAUCUUCACACUAAUAAUUAGUCCAACUACCAUUGCAUAGUCUGUUGACACUUGGUCAACACAGCUUGCCUCAGUCUGUGAUACUAGUAUCCACGGGUCUCUCAAGAAAUGUAGAAGGUCCACAUUUCUGCAGAAGUGUUGACAGGUUAUCACACUUUUUAUUUUGCAGGUUCAUUAGAGUAGCAUGGAAUUUGCUGUUUUUAAGUUAUAAUUCAUCUCUGUGUGUUUAUUUAAAUCAUUCCCACCAAGAUGUGAGAUGUCACUGUGCCACACUUCUUAAUGCUCAUUUCUGUCACUCUAUCUAAGCAUUAACGAAACACAUGUGCUUAGUAUGGUUUUCGUAUAAUCUCGCUGCUACAAGCAAAUGCUUGAAGUCAAUUUUGUGUACCUCUAUGAGAUGUCAUUGGUGUCACAUUUUCUUGCAUGUCAUUGAAUGAACAUAUUUGGUAAGUCCAUGUAAUUUGUGGGAUCAUGGCCUUUAUUGACUCUGCAUAAUGAAGAUGCUUUUCUUGAGCGACCAGGUAAACUGCAGUGUGAGAAAUUUAGAAUUUGUGCGAAAUAUUUCAUUCAUAAGAGUCUUUUUGAAUUUGUGCAAAAAGAAAACUGACAUGAAUGGAUCAUACAUAAGUUGUUUCUCUAUUUCUCUUUUAAAAUAAAUGGAAAUGGUGACUAGUCCUGUGAAAUUGGAAAACAAGACUUGUGGAGGUCUUACUUUUCUGCUGAUACAUGAUAUGUAUCAUGUUCAUGGUUUAUCAGGAGUUGUAGGGCAAUGAAGAAGUAACGGAACCAAACGUAAAUCAUUCCGUGCCUAUUGAUUGUAGAUGGCGCUUAUAGCUUGUAGAUUUUAAUGUAAUUGCCCUGUUGAAACGAUCCAUGCUGUUGAAGCCACAUAAAUUGACUGCAGGUAACAACCUUUUCUCCUGCAAACUACAUUACAUAAAGCUCUUGAAAGAGCUAAAUUGCUUAGGGCAAAUCCCCUCAGUCCACUAUUGGUAUGUUAUAAAUCAAGCUGUAUGUUAAAGCAUGAUGUGAUUAUCAUUCGCACAUUCUUCCAUAUUCAUGGCUUUUAAAGAGUUGUUGCUGCAUCGCAAAUUUAUUUCUGCAUUAAAGGAUACCCUAACCUUUUAGGUCGCCAGAGAAUUUUGCAUUGCAUUAGAACUUUUAUGUUGGAAGGAUAUUAAGACGUAUCCGGUUUAUGUUAACUCAUUGAUCUGUGCAAGUGUUUCAUAGAUAAUCUUCCCCUGAAGUGAUACACAGCCUGUGCAUUGCAAAAACACUUGAAUUAUUACUGUUGCUGAAUAUAGGAUGUCUUAGUUUCCAUGUUAGCCAUAUUAGUGAUAUGCUUAAACUGCUGCUGGUGUUAACCUUGUUGAGUGAUUGUGUUGGAGCCUACUUGUUGCCCAGGUCUAUGAAUAAUGGGCAUCAAAAGCAAUAUGGCAAGCCCCACUAGUCUGCUUUUUCUUUGUGAAAGAUACUGAUAUUAGGUGCAUACAUGUUGUGAGCUCUUAUUAAAGGCCAUACCACCGGAUGUUGGGCCUUCUAGCACCAUUUGUGUUCAAUCCAGUAAGAAAGGGCUCUGCCCUUGUGCAAUAUCCAUUUAUUGUUUUCGAACAUAGCAUUUUAUUUCAUGUAGCCCAUACUUGGCCUUGUGCUGUACAUAUAUGCAUUGUGCGAGUAGCAUCUGCACUGUUCUCUUUUGACAUACUCCCCUUUCCUAUGUGUUUUGCUAUCUUUUUUUUGCCACCAAGCUCAGUGGAUAUGAAGUGAUAACUUGUUUGUUACCGAGUGAAUGUCACUCUUUUCUGCAAAUACAUUAUUGAUUUCAGUUUA